AUGGAAUAUUGUUAUAAUAAAAAGAGGCUUGAUUAUUUAGCUAUUGAUGCAUUUAUUAAAGUAUCAAGAUUAGGAUAUUUAUUUACUUCUAAAGAAUUACUUAUAGUAAAGGAAUAUGCUAAUAUGUAUGAUAAUAAUUAUUUUUUUACGAUAAUGAAAAGACAGUAUCAGAAUGAACUUACUGAAAAUAAUAUUAUCAAUUUACGUAAUUCAGUUGUUGAUUUUGAUAAGCAAGGUUCAUAUGACAAUAAAUCAGAAAGUUUAAUUGAACUAGUGAAAUUAGGACAAGUAAUCAAUAGAAAUGCUAGUAGGCAUCCUGCAUUAUUAAGAUAUCCACAUACUCCUCUUUCAGGAGCAAAUAUUUCUGAUGGACAACUUUUCCAAGGACUAGUACUACCAGCAUGGCUUCUACAACUACAUAACUGA